CGAUCGAUUCCCCAGACUGCUAGCAGCAAAGAAGUCCGAGUCCCCGGAGUCAUCAACCAUCGACGGCCAAGCCACCGCCCCGACCAUGAGCGACACCGUUGUCAUCACCGUCGCCGUCGACAACUCUCUCAUCGGCAAGAGCGGCGCCAUCCAAUGGCCAGCCGUCCGCAAGCAGGCAGACACGCCGUCCGCAGACGGGAUUGAGAGCGUAAUGUUCAGGUACAGAUUCAUGGAGGACCAGCCUACAGUGUUCACCGACGUGCAGGGAAGCGAGGCCGGGCCGUGCGCCGGUGGCCGUGCAUCCACCGACACGGUAGACGGUGCAGUCAACUUGCCACGGACAGACGAGGGACCAACCGCCGACGAGUGCGUGCGCACCACCACUGAUGGAGAAGUCCUGCUAUACGCUCGCGGGGGCAGGGACCAUGCCGCCCACAUGUGCCCAGAAGCGCAGCUCAUGGCCAGUAACUCUGAUAUCUUCCUUACUAAUGACGAAGGGCCAGUCGUGCGGCUCCUUCGAUGGGUUGCUGGUAUAUGCGGGGGCAGCGGCCAUGCCGUCCAUGGUUGCCCCGAAGGCCAACUCAUGGCCGGUAACUCUACUAUCUACCUGAAUGGCCUGGUCCAGUGGCUCCUCCGGUAGUCUUCCAGCAGUUACGCUCUGUUCAAAGUGAGGUUUGAAGGUCAAAGAAAUCACAGUUUCGAUGCCUUCAGCUUAAAUGGACGAUAUCCCCACCGUCCGUUCUUGUUGGGAUGCAACAUCCAAGCCAUGGGGGACAUUUAUAAGCCAGCUUAGGAAAUGCUUUGAGUCUCAUCAGCUAAAAUCAAUCACAGAACACAUCUGCCUAAAUCUCAAUGUUUAUGUCCUAGCAAAUCCUCGCCUUCACAGCCUCCUUGAUUUCUCUUUUUCUUUUCAUUGUAAGUAAAUAUCGUCCAUUUUCCUUGAUAUUUCUGGAGUUGCCGCUACUUCGAGUUUGUAAGUUUUUUCACAGGUGUAUUUAUUUGUAACCUAGGGGGAAGAAAUUUGAUUGCGUAGAUGUGUAAUUUAUCAGUCAUUGAAUUUAUGAU